CGCAUUUUUCCGAUGCAUUGAUCGCUAAUCCUGUCGGUUUUUGUUUCUUCAAUUGCUCUUCUUCGUCUCAUCGGCGAGAGAAGCGUGAAGGUUUCGGCAUGGUUCCUCCGAGGAAAGGUGAUGACCUAGGCCGGAGCGAGGGCUCGGAUCGGUCUCCUGACGGAGACGAAUCGGCCUCGCCCUCGGCGGAUCUUUCUUCGGGGACAAAAAGGGUCAGCCCCGGCAGAGACGCUUUCGCCCGGAGACUUAGAGAUGUCCUUAGUGGAGAAUCGGAUGACCGGGAGGCCGCGGUGCUGCCGUGGCUCCAGGCGCUGGACCUGCAGCUUCCUGGCGCCUGCCGUGCGGACGAGAGAUCGAAGCCUCUGCUUAAGCUCAACGUAUCAGGCGGACCGGCGGAGGAGAGGCUUCUGGCGCAGUUAACCCAGCAUUUUGAAACAUCGGAAGUAGGGAUGUUAGCAAGGUACUUGUGCGUUCCUCUUGUUUCUGUUCGUGUAGGGAAGGUCAUGAAGCAAGGGAACAUUCUAUGCCCGAUUGAUAAAAGGAUUCUAUCUGAGUUUACUAGUGAUGAUCUGGCACAUCAUUUCAAGAAAAAAUGUCUUUUGAUUUGUAGGGGGCAACUAAAUCUCAACCUCUUGCCAUCUUCUAACAUGCGCCUCUCAUUCAUUGGGGAUGAUGGACGUAUAGAGAGAUUAGCUGUUUUGAGUAAUGACUGUGAUAGUCCUGAUGUGGUUAUCGAAGAGAUAUAUGCUGAUGCUUCUGGUCGUUCCUUCCUGCUAAAGCUACCAGGACCUCAGAUCUUAUAUUAUUGGUGCUCAGAGAAGUCUAAGAGCCAUGGACUGGAAUUGCUUGAUAAGAUGAAAGAUUUACUUAGAAGAAAGCCCUCUUUGACCUGUCUUACCGGAAUCUCUGAAUCACACCUUGAUUCAUUUGCAACUCACCUUCAUGCAUAUAUUCUCGGGUGCUCUAGCAGUGUAGAAGUUAGUCCAGCUGCCUCUGGUCUCAGAGAAACUGAAUGUCAGUCUUCAUGUUCAGUUUCGAGAUUGUUGCGUCCACGCACUAUGUCAGCACAUGCUGGAAAGGUUCAUUCUUUAUGCCAAGGCAGUCUUUGUCGAAGGCUAAACUGCUUCAAAGAUGAAAUGCCAAGAAUAUCAUCCUCCAUCUGGACAAGGGAGAAAGUGAAGCGCCAUGGAGACGCCCAUCUGAGCACAUCAACGAGAAGCUCUGAACUGAUUGCUUCAGUUUCUACUUCAAGUACAGCUGUUGUGUAUUUGAGCAAACAGGAGAAUGACAAUCAAAGUGGCACAGAUGGAAGUUCAAUGCUAUCUAGUUGCCUUCCUGAUAUCCCAUCAUUGCCUUCUCCUUUCGCAUCAUUGAGCCCCGUCUCUAUUCAUCUACCUCUUUCACAGAUUAUUAGUAGUUCAAGUUCCUUUUCUCCCUACUACUGCUGGUGUCCCCCUUGUCCAUCUUCGCUGCACCCUUUCCAUAUCUCAACAACACCUGAGUUGAUGCCCCUUCCACCUUUGUCUUCUUUGUUGCCCGUUGCUUCAUCCACAGUGGCAUCUGUUCCAGCUAAGCUGCCUAUUGAUGUUGCCGAGCUUCAAGCUCUGUCUCUCCCUAAUCUUGUUUCCGUUCCAUUAAUUCCUUCAUCAAUUUCUGUGUCAUUGAGUUUGCCAUGCUCACAACUUCCCAUCUUUACCCCUUUCAUGUCUGAUCCAAUUGUCCACAUCCCGGUGAUAGAUUUUUGUUCCUCUGGCCAAGCUUAUCUUGUUAGUGCUGGACUGGCUAUAUCUUCUGUCAUUUCGCCUCUGCUUCCAGGUCUUGCUACUCCUCUGAUUCCAAAAACAGAAUCUUUGAUGGAGAAGAAUGCCAGAGAGAUGCUUCAUAUGCUUAUGGCUUCAGCACCUACUGUAUCCGGCCCACAGUUGAUGAAUGUUCUCCCUUCAGUGCUCAACAAUUUGGACAAAAAGUUUUCUUGUGCCAAUAAGGUGAACAAUCAUUCUGCAAUUACUAGCAGCAGCCAGUUGUUUUGCGAUGGUUUCUCUGAUGGGGAUACUGUUUCAACUGACUUGCCUUGCUUGAAUUUUCAUUCCGGAGGAGCUCCACUCCUAAGUGUUUCUUUUAGAUUUGACAUGGCCGACCAUUUUGACAACAAUGACACCGAUGAACCACCAUACCAUGACAAUGAACCUUGAUGUUAAUGUCAUUAGAUUUUUGCUGUGAUGUAAUGAAAAUUUUUGAUACUCGUGCAAUUACUGUUCCAAUUUUUUAGAUGUUCUGUUCUUAUAAUGCAAUUAAUGUUCCAAUUUGAUGACAA